AUGCAACGGAGACAGGGCGUAAGAGCCAGGCACGAUGACGAAAAGAGCUCAGAUCAGGACCAGGAUGACGACGAGGUCAUCGGAGUGAAGUACGGAGACUUUGUGCUUGUAGCUUGUGAAGAAGGGCUGCCAUUCAUCGCCUUCAUCUGCGAGCCUAAGGCUCACAUGUGCAAGGGCACUGGGACUGUCAAGGUCAUGUGGCUAUACAGACAAGACGACGUGGACGCCAAGGUGCUCGUAAGAGAGUCCAAGAGGCUCAAGUGUCAGCUGCUGGAUCGCAACCGGGAGAUUUUCUGGAGUUUCCACAUGGAUGAGUGCCCGUUAGAGAGCAUGCUGCGCCAUACGAGGGUGCUGGUGCCCUCCAAAGAGCCAGAAGAUCCGGACAAGCAUGUGAAGCAAGACGAGAUGAUGUGCCGCUUUGUGUUUGAUCCGAUCAAGGAGAAGUUGUCUCAUCUGAACUCGAAGCACUGGAGGACCGAUUUACAAAACCACAUUGAGAGGGCUAAGAGCAUCAACAAGUAUCCGUAUGCUAUGAAGUCUUCCAAGUCCAAACCCUCGAUAUUGAAGAAGCCGGCUCGUCGCGAGGAUGCUGAAGAGGGGGCGAGUGGUAGCAGUGCUCAGAAGAAACCGGUGAAAGAGAGUGAAGAGAGUCGAGCGAAGGCAACGGGCCAAGCAAGUGAGUCUGCUCAAAAGGUUGCAGAGAAUGCAGGGCGAGACGCAAAGUCCAGGGCUGAAGCUAGGAUGAUCGAGGCAGCUCUUCGGGCUUCACUUCAAGAACCAACUGCAGCAAGUUCCAAGGGUAGCAGCUUACCUAAGGCGGUCAACACCAAGAAGAAUCAGAUAGUCCAGAAGGAGAAGAGCAGGGAGGUAGAGGCGAAGCAUGUGGAAGAGAGCGUGAGGAUUAAUCAAAGGAGGAGGAGAAUCAUUGAGGAAUCUGACGAUGAGCUUGACAACAAGAGUGAGUCUAGUUCCAAGAGGCUCAAGGGGGCCAACCCGUCAGCGGCGUGGAAGCAGGAGAAGGUACAGGCAAACGUCAAGGACAGCUCCAACGUCGAUCCCAAAGGCUCCCAACCCACCAGCUCCCGUGUGUGUAAGUCUGAGGAGGUAGACACGAGGCAGCACGAGCCUCCCAAACGAGGCGAAGGGGCUAAGAAGAAGGUGGGAGGCAUAACCGUGCCCAUCGUCAAGCUCGAGGAGGAGAUCGGCUCGUCCUCUGCUGCUUCCCCGAUGCUGAUGCACUCGCGGGAGAGUGCGGUACGAGGAAGGCCAUGGCUGCUCUCGCGCAAGAUGAUCCAGGGUGGAGGGUGCGAGCGGAUGGUCGCAAAGCAAGGGAACAUUCUGCAAGAGCAGCUGGCUGAGGUGACGUGGCAGAGCAACCGGCCGCAGCUGAUGUCCAAGGAUGCGCAUGACGGAGUAUCGGAGAUCUUGGAGGAGACGAGGGGAGUGAGGCUAGAGGACGUGAGCGCCGUACGGAGGAGCGAGAGGGAGCAUGCGAGGGACUGGAUGUUCGACAGUGAGGACCUGGGAGGAGCAGGAGGGAAGAAGCUGAAGGAGCCAACGAGGGCGGAAAGGGAGCUGAGGGAGAAGGAGCGAUACCUCGGGCAUCUGAUAGGGAGGGAGACAGCGACGAGACUGAGGGUCAAGGAGCAUGCAGUGUAUCGCCUGGUGGAGGCCUUGCAAGGCGUCAUCAACCAGUCCGACCACUUCGUCGACUUCGCCUGCGGGAACAACAGGUUUGGCAGCAUCCUGUGCCAGUGCUUCGGCCUGUCGUGGUCCUCCUACGACGAGGCCGUGCCGGAGGACAGGAACUACAUGGGCAAGAGCUGGAUGUUAGCUGGGCCCUCAGACGUCCCAGCGAACGUGGUCAUAGGGAUCUUCCCUCCACUGCACAAGGGACCGAUCAUGUGUGAGAUGUACCUGCAGCAUGCUCUCCAAUUUCGGCCGAGGCUCCUCGUGCUGCUCGUACCAGCCUCAUGCCGCUGGUGCCCGGACAAGAGGAAGUAUGAGGAGCUGAUGAGGAGGAAGGGCUUCUGCAGCGAGGUGGACUUUGCUACUGAGCAGGGGCAUGGAGACCUGGCUCUGCAGCGAGUGAGCCUGGACCUCUUGAUCCUCCGGCGGGUAUGA